AUGUCGAUGAAUAUAAAAAAUAGCUUGCGCUUGGACCAUGAGUUGUACGGCUACGCAACUCCGGGCAAGAUAGAUAGCUUUAAGGACACCAUUCAAAGGAAGCUUGUGGCAGAUGAAGUACAUGAUCCCAAUGCUCACGUUUGGCAGUCUCGACUAAGCUUUCACAAUAAUAAGAACACAUUCCUUCACAUAGCUGCAAGCUCCGGCCAUGCGAAACUAGCAGCUGAGAUCAAACAAUUUCACAAGCCUCUUUGGUUUGAGCAAAACUUUGAGGGCGACACUGCGCUCCAUAUUACGGCCAAAGCCGGGGAAUUAGAUACAGCAAUCACUCUUCUCCGUGAAGCCCGAGGCGUUGAUAAUAAUGAUCAUGAUGUAUCCAGGUUGCUGACCGAGACGAAUAAUGAGAGGAACACUCCCUUACACGAGGCCCUGAUUCAUGGUCACCAAUUAGUAGCAAAGUGUUUGAUAGAGGGCGCCAGUUCUAGCGUCCCUUUUUAUGUUAAUAAGGAAGGAAAGAGCCCUUUGUAUCUGGCUGCUGAGGAAGGGUUUGAUGAGAUCGUGAAACUAAUAAACAAAAAAGCAGUUGAGGAAAAGCCAGAAUUUCUUGUUAUUAAAGGCAAGUCUCCGUUGCAUGCUGCAAUUCUUGGCCGCCGGAACAAUGGCAGUCGCAUCUCUGAUUGUCAUCAAAUGGAUCAUGGCGGCAACUUUCCAAUCCAUUCAGCAUCAAGCAAAGGUCAUGUCAAGAUUGUUAAAGAGCUGCUUCGACAUUGUCUCGAUUCAAGGGACUUGAAGAACUCUAAUGGCGAAAAUAUACUCCAUGUUGCAGCAAGAUGCGGUAAAGACAAUCUUGUCAAAUAUUUUCUCAAAAAGGGUGAGUUUCGAAUGUUGAUAAACCAAAAGGACAGCAACGGAAAUACUCCUUUACAUUUGGCAACGAUGCACCACCAUCCCAAGGUUGUCUACAGAUUGGCUUGGGAUACAAGGACAAACUUAAAGCUCUUGAAUGGUAGAAGCAUGACAGCUCUUGACAUUACAAAAAGCCCUUUGGAAACUAUUGCAUCAUAUCAUGGGGUAAGUUAG